GUCGUGAGAAUCACUCACACACCUUCCAGAUCAUUCGACAAAUUCAUGCGGCUGAACUGGCUGUCUUUUUUAUUUAUUUUUAAUUCUCUUCUACUAUCCGCUACAUCAGUAUUCAUUCAUUCGUUCAUUUAAAACACACUUCAACUUUCAACAACUAAGAGAUUUUACACGACUGCACCAAUGUCAGCCAUCAACUAUUCCAAGUGGGAUAAUCUUGAGAUUUCAGACGACUCGGACAUUGAAUGCCAUCCCAAUGUUGAUAAACGCUCCAUGAUCCGAUGGAAGCAAGAACAGAUCCAUCGCGAGCGUGAGGCCCGUCGCACCAAAAUCGUGGCCUUGAAGCACGAAGCAGAGACAAUCAAGAAGCAACUUGACAGGAUAGAGAAGAGCACUCAACAGGCAGAACUUGAGAAGAAAUAUAAUGAUACCAUCCAGCAAUUGGAGAAGCUUGAGGCUGUUGAAAAUAAAAAGUUGACUUCAGACAAGCUCGUCACUGGUUUUGAUAAGACAGCGGUUAGCAAGCCUGUUCAAGUACCCAAAGAAGCUCAAAAGGCUCCUAAGAAGAAAGUUGUAGAAAAGACAAAAGUGAUCGAGACUCUUAAUCCUGGUAGUGCUGGAGGUGUUCCUGCAAAAGCAGGUUCUUCAAAAGCAGCAGCAGCUCAGGCAGCAGACUCGGAUGAUUCAGAUGAUGAAGUUGAGGUUACACAAGUAGCUCUCGAAUUUUCGCGCAUUAAAGGCUUUGAUGCCUCAUUAACCUUCAUCUCGAAGCAUCCAUACAUUGCUACUCAGGAUUACUCUGAUGAAAUCAUGGCUCAGGCAUUCAAGGCUCAGAUGGAUGGUGAUGAAACAUAUGCUAAUAACUGUGUGCAUCAGGCUCUUAUUCUUCAAUACUGCGCUCAACUCGGCAAAGAUGGCGUUGGUCUCUUCUUCCACAGAAUUCGCGAUCCCGUACACGGAGCGCUAAAGAUUUUCCAAAAUGACUGGAAAGAUACUUACACAAGGAUCAAGGAGCGCUGCAAGGUCCUCGCACAAGAACGUGCUGCAAACCAAUCACCCGGAGUGGAGACCAUCCAGCUCCAGGCCGCAGAGCCAGGAACACAGAUACAUAUUACUGGACCACCCGCAGAUGCAGACCCCAAAGUACAUGAGAUCUUUGCAGCAUUGCCCGAGGAUUUCCAGGAGGCAAUUCUAUCGGGAUCGCUAGAUAAGGUCAACAAAUCGUUAGAGGGUAUGAGUGUCCAGUUGGCGGAGGAAGUUGUGCGGGUAUGCAACCAAGUUGGAUUUUUGAGUAUUGAAGGAGAUAUUAUCGACACCAUUAAAGGAGAGACGAUUGCGGAUCGUGAAGCACAGGUUGCUGCAGCGGCUGCAACAGCAGCUGAGGCAGAGAAAUCUAAUGAGGACUCCACAUCCAAGGAGUAGGUCUGAAGUCAAUUUUCCCCCUAAAAUAAAAGUGAUUUUGCU